GGCAUUUUUCGAUCUUUUAGUUUUUGGGUUGUAAAAGUAGGGCGUUCUUUCCUCGUAUCUCUAGACAAGCAGAAGAGACUUCUGGACUUUUUAAAGGUCCAAUAAUUUGGAAAAAAGUAUUAAAAAAAAAACUUGUAAAAAAUCCUAACACAUACCAUUUUGGAGCAAAAAAAAACUUCAGGGAAGUUCGAAAAUGGACUCAGAAAAGGCUUUAGAGCUAGUAAAACAUGGCUCAACUCUCCUUCUUCUUGGAGUUCCUCAAUACACUCUCAUUGGCAUUGACACUCAGGUUUUCUAUGCUGGACCUGAAUUCAAGGGUGUUAAGAUGAUUCCUCCUGGCAUUCACUUUGUAUUUUACAGUUCUUCAAAUAAAGAUGGGAAGGAGUUUUCACCAAUAGUUGGUUUCUUUAUUGAGACUUCCCCGUCUGAGGUCAUUGUUCGUAAAUGGGAUCUACAAGAGGAAAGACUGAUCAAAGUUUCCGAGGAAGAGGAAGAGAGAUAUGCUGAAGCUGUCAAGCGUUUUGAAUUUGAUAGGCAUCUUGGCCCUUACUCAUUAAGUGACUAUGGAGAUUGGAAAUAUUUGUCAUCUUGGAUCACGAAGGGUGUCAUUGAGCAUAUUGAACCAAUAGGAGGGGAAAUUACAGUGACAUGUGAAUCAAGCUUAGUUGGGAACACUCCGAAAACCACCACCGAGAAAGCUUUGGCUGAUCAAUUGAAGAACAGUAAAUUCGGUGGAGAAAUUGAAAGUUCCGAAAAGAAAGGAUGCUACUAUACGCCAAUUCCUCGUGUUAUCAAGCAGAAAGGAAUCUCUGGAGCAGAACUUACUUCCGUGAAUCUCGAUAAGAGUUAUAUUCUCGAGAACAUUCUAAUGAAAGAAUAUGAUGGAGUUGAAGAUAGACUACUCGGUGAGCUGCAAUUUGCAUUCAUUGCCUUUCUGAUGGGACAAUCACUUGACGGGUUUCUGCAAUGGAAAUCUUUGGUCAGUCUUCUUUUGGGAUGUACCGAAGCUCCUUUUCAUACGAGGACCCAGCUUUUUGUGAAGUUCAUCAGGUGCGUAUAUCAUCAGCUUAAGUAUGGAUUUCAAAGAGACCAUAAAAGAAACAGCGGCACAGAGAAGGAACCAUCAUUUUUUUUGGACGAUUCAUGGUUUUCUUCUGAUAGCUUUCUACAUCACCUUUGCAAGGAAUUCUUUUUGCUAGUUGAUGAGGCUUCAGUCGUUGAUGGAGAUCUUCUAACAUGGACUAGAAAACUUAAAGGAUUGCUCGAGAACACGUUAGGUUGGGAGUUCUCACGAAAACGUGCAGUGGACGGGAUAUAUUUUGAAGAUGAUGAUGAGUAUGCCCCUGUGGUUGAGAUGGUAGAUGAACCAUACUAGUUGAAUCAGGCGCUUCAUGUACCCAUCUCUUCACUGUCCGUCACAGGCUGAAAAGAUGGAUGUGUGAUACGAGGUUAGUUUUAUUGUACGAAACUAAGAUGGAACAUAAUUUCGGUUAGUUGCGCACUUUUAGAUGAACGAUUGUAUAUACAGCCCUGGAAUACUACAGUUCUUGACACAUGAAUCAGAGUGUUCUCUACUUAUAUGAGCAGUUUCAACUUCAUGUACCAUCUUUAAAUUUUGUUUCCUUUGUUUGAGCUUAGAGUGUGCUUGCAUGUUGCAAUGUAAUCUUUCUAAAAAAAACACGCAUAUUAAUGCACUAUUUAAUACAAUUAUCUCUACGUGUAUAUAAGUAAAAGUUGGAAGUACUAUUAGAAGUA